AGUAAAAAAACAAUUGAAACUGAUCUGCAGUACAAUUAUGGUCAACUAUUUUUAGUUGUCUGCUGAAGGCAAUAUUAUUCCCGAAGGCAUGACGGUGAUCUAUUUGAUCUAUUAGGCCUCAUGGCUGGACUCUUUGGUCGUCUGUGUGCAUCCUGCUGCCAUCGUCUAUCCAGCAGUGGAUAUGUUGGACUUCCAAGAGUGACUGCCAACAGCUUUCGGUUCAUCAAUGCCUGUGCGGAUGAGCAGAAUCAGAAGGCAAGGGGCCGGAUAGUGGUCCGCGUUGCAGAUGGCUCCCUGUUCAUGAGCAUGUACUUGGAUCUAGACGGCAAGUCGCGCAUGCUGAACCGCGUGCGUACAGAUGCAUUCGAGAAAACCCUCCAUCGCAUUGGCCUUGUCUCGUCAGUUGUGAGUGGCAAUGCAGAGUAUGAUGGUGAUCAUCCAGUGGUCUUGGUGCAUGGUAGCGGGGAGAAAUCGGGGCAGCCCAAAGAGCCAGGGAUUCCGAACAUCAAAGCCUUCCUGGACGGUGAUAUUUUGUCGAUUGGUGAGGACCAAUACAUAGUUUCAGUGAACCCACCAAGUGUGCUGGGAAUUUCACUACCCACCUACAUUUCAAAAGGCGCAACUGUUUACCCGUCUGUACAAGCAGAGUUCGUGCCGGACAAUGUGUUCACGUACGAGUGGCGUCGCAUUGUCAACCAGGGAGGCAAUACCUGUGAAGUUGUCGUGUCACGAGAAGAAGCGUACACGCCGACCUUGGAAGAUGUCGGCUCCAGUCUGUCACUGACGGUUACGCCAGUCGUCGAAGAUAGUGCUCUGCCGGCAAGCGGCCGUACGAUAGUGUCAGCUGAAGUCGGCGAUGACGUGGUGCGGCUAGGUUACACCGAGUUUUCCGCUCACACGCCAGAGCCGCAUGCAGUUGACUCGGCGAAGCUGCGCGUAGUUACCUACAACAUCCUAGCCGACAUGUACCUGACUGAAGGAUUCGGCGGAUCCAGCUUCUCCUACUGCGAUAACAAAGCGCUGAGCCUAGGCUAUCGUGAUAUGGCUCUCAGCCGCGAAUUGCCUGCGUAUCAUGCAGACAUCUUGUGCUUACAAGAGGUGGAGGAGAAGCGAUUUCAAUCGACUAUCAUGAGUUGUCUUCGGCCACUGUCGUACCAAGGCAAGACAGUCAUGAAGCACAAUAUGCCGGAGGGCAUUGCAACCAUCUGGCGUACUGACCGCUUUCUAUAUCGGGACUGCAAGACCUACAUUGUGCGCGAGGAGUUCAUGAACAAUCCACUUCUCGCGGAUAUCUACAGUUCCGUGCCACCUUGGGUUCGUAGUGAGUUAAGAAACCGGAACUCUGUCUUGCAGCUGACUCACUUGCAGCAGAAGUCUGACGGCCGUGAGCUCAUCGUGGCCAACACUCAUCUGUACUAUUCCCCCAAUGCCGAUGGCCAGCGGUUAAUCUUGGCCUUGUGUAUGGUGCGCUUGCUCGACGCCUUCAAGAAGGCCGUAAUGGAAGCAUCGACGGCGUCCUUGCCCCUGGCGGUCGUGUUCUGUGGUGACUUUAACACAAUUCCAGAAAGGACUGUGCACGAACUCAUGACCACAGGGCAGGUGGCACCUACGUCUGGCUUCAAGGAAGCUAAUCGUGAUGGAUUAAACUACGAGUGCACAAUCCCAACCAAGUUUGGUAGUUCUCUGCCUCACCCGUCGGUACCGUGGACCAACUACACAGGCCUCUUCAUCGGCAUGCUCGACUAUAUUUAUUACGAUGAGAGUGUGCUGAAGCUGCAUAAGCUGGUACCGAUGCCUAAAGAGGAGGUGGUGCGAGAAUUCACUGCUUUGCCUUCGUUCCGAUUCCCCUCCGACCAUUUGCCAGUCAUCAACGACCUGGAGUUUGUGAAGUCAUAGCUGGGCAGAUGUGGUGCCGUUGAUCCUGAGUCUGCGUUCUCUUCGCUAACAUUCUUGUUUUCUUUUUUGAUUUUUGUGGCCAAGAGAAUGUAGUAGUGGAGCUUCGACAUGUGUGUGCUGAAAUGCGCCUGGUGCGUUUUCUAGAGGAGCAUUAUAUUUGAAAAAAGUUGCAGAAACUAUUGAACGUGUGUGGACAUGGGUGUGAGUAGGCGCGCAUGUUGUACACUGUUCCUGUAGGUCGGCAUGCAAUGUACUACAUUGUACUAGUAUUCAUGUGUCUUAAGGUCUGUAAAUCUGGGCUCUGCAUAGUUCAGUGGCAAUGUUUGCCAUUCACCAA